ACAAGAAGCAGCAGUUUUGCCUUAGCUAGUCCUUACUCUGAGUACAGCGAGCACGCCUCCGGGACGUAGGAGCUGCAGACAGCGCUCGUAGUAGGCGGUACAGUUCUCUUUGUCCGCGUCCACCACGGCUAUGUCGAAGGUUCCGGCCUCGCCCGCCGCUAGGAGCUCAUCUUAACAGGGACAGAGGGCAUGUGCCGCUGGCUGAGCUAGGGUCUCAGCGGGCUGCUCAGGGUCGCCAGUUUUGUUCCCCGGGGUUGGACAGUGCUGUCUGGGUCCCUCCCGCACUGGUGCUCACCCAAUGUCUGCAGGGCGGGCUGCAGCCGAAGGUCGAUCUUCUGCUCCACUUCUGCCUGCGGAAGGAGGCCGGUCAGGCCGGCACGCCCCCGAGCCGGAGCCCGAACGGCCGCAGGUGUGGGGCUCUCACCUGCUUCCACAUGGGCCGUCCCAGCUUCGGGGGCUCUGCGUCAACCUCGCAGGUCACCACGCGGCCAGCCUCCGGAAGCGCCAAGGCUAGGGCCAGGGCCGAGUAGCCCGUGAAAGUACCUGUGGAAGGGGACACUGUCAAGCUCAGUUCAGGGUGCAGGGCUGCCCUGUGACCCUGGUUUCCAGAGACCAUGGCUGCGUGUUCCUACCCAGAUCCAGAGCUUUCUUGGCCUUAAUGAGCCGCGCCAGGUUGGCCAGAAGCUGGGCCUGUUCACAGGUCAUCAUGGAAUCCCCCUGCGGCUGCUCCAGGGUCAGCUGUGUGGGGAGAGGGAGGUGCCAUUCAUACCAGUCACCCCCCCCACCUCCCCCCUGAGGUUUUGAAUCAUUCAGGGGCUCGGUGGCGGGUGUGGCCUAGAGGGGACAGGUCUCAGGGAACCCGGAAGCCCAGAGAGGGUUUCUGCCUAGCUCAAGGUCACACAGCCACGUGAGGUCCACCACGCUGGAAGUGGGGAGCCGGUUCUCGGUCCCAGUCCUACUGACCAGUCGCAGGCUCCGCAGCGCCGGGUGCUCUCUCAUGGAGCGGCUCAGCAGAUACUGCCACAGGGGAUUGUCCUCAGGUGGCAGCAGGCGCUCUUGCCGCCUGGACCCCCAUGGAGGCCACCGUUUCCCUGCCGGGGAGAGGGUGCCGAGUCAGGGCCUGCAUUUCUGACCGGGUUCUCCGGCUCUUCUCCGCGCCCUCCUCCCAUUCCCCGGACUGCAGCAGCCCAGCCCAGCUCACCCAGCAAGAGACCAGUAGCGAAGGCGGCGCCCAGCGCGGCCGAGCCCAGGGCCAGUGCGGCUGGGAUAGAUAGCCGAGGGACGGGCUGAGCCAUGGUGCAGGUUAGCAGCGGCGGCGGAGGUCACGUGUGCUGGAGUAGCGAGGAUGGGACUGGGACCAGUAAGCCGACAGGGCUCCACCUUGUCCGGGCCCUGCCCACAGAGCCGCGUCCUCGGGCACCAUCUGGUGACACAUGGCCGUAUUGCAAGGUCAGGCUGAGAACAUCUCGCCACCCGGUGGCUGCAUGCGGAACUGCGUCGGGUGAAAUCCUUUCUAGACUUCGCUCACAGGAGACUCUGCUGACCUGCCCUCAGGGACCUAGCAAUUGCUUAAGGCAUCACCUGCCCCGCCCCCCACGUACGACAGGAAGGAAGACGCAGGCAGAGGCCAGCAUCAUCUCAGCGUGGAGAGAGGAGCUGCGGGGAGGCUUCAAUGCUACUGCGCUAAGCCCCCCAGGAAGUAUUGCCCACUCAAAGUGCCCACCCAAAACCAGCCACUCUAGGGGUGGCUGCAACUUGGCACCGGAAUGAGCCAGUCUAGAAAGAGGAGCAUGCACGCCCCCUGCUGGCAACUGCUCCAGUUACGGUUUUCCUUUUCCUUUUUCUUCUCUAGUCCUGAUUGUCCCCUUCUACCCUCUCUCAUCUCUCAUCUGAGACAGGGUUUUACUGUGUAAUCCAGGUUAGCCUCGAAUUCACAGAGAGCCACCUGCUUCUGCUUCCUGCUUACAGUGUGUGCCACCACGCCGGCAAGGGUCCUUGAUAUUUCUUUUUCCCUUGCAGAGAAAGCUGCUUCUACCCUAGCUGGACCUCACAAUAUCCCUGGCAAGGUUUCUGAAGUGGAACUUCACAGCGGUCCAGGGAAUCCUGCCAGGUGUGUAAACAGGACAAAGCAGUUAAUACUUACCGCGUCCCCAUCACUCCUUAGGAUUUCCUAUUGGCCCCUUUAAUCCUCAUACCGUUAGUCUACAGGGACAGGUACCAUUUUAGCCCCAUCUCAUAGAUGUGAGAGCCGAAACACAGACGGGUAAAGCAGCUUGUCCCACAUUGCACAGCGUAUAAGUAGCAGAGUAAGGAUUUGAACUCAGAUGUUUUAGUUUCAGGACUUAACAAUUUUUUAAGGACCACACUAUCCUGCAGGAAAUGCCUUCCUCAUCACGUGGCUUCUCUUUGGGGCAAGAUAGCUGCUUGAGCUCCGGCCAUUACAAAUUAUCUUCCUCAGAUAAUCAGGAAAUAGGAAGGGACAAAACGGGACUCACUUCCUUCUUUUCAUAAACAGAACAACAUUCUGAAGGGUCCCUAUAGACCUCUACUAUUCCUCUUCUGACCACAGCCACAUGGUCAUACUUCUGCCAACAAAUUGUUUUUAUGUUUGUAAUUAUGACAAAUCACUUGCAAAGUUAAAGGAAAGAAUAGUUACUGGGAACAUCUAGCAUACACACACACACACACACACACACACACACACACACAAAGAUACUGAAGACUCAGAAAGGCCAGUAAUUAUCUGAAGGUCACAAAGCUGGGAAAGGGUGGAGGUUAGAUGUGUUGUUCCUGGAUGAAACAGGUAUCGCCCCAGAGACAUGCUCAGUGGAGUGCUCAGAGGGAAGGACCUCUCAUUAGACUUCCCGACCUCUAGGACCACCCAGGGCCACUGGUCAGAUCUCCAGUGUCUUCCAGUCCCAGCCACCUCUCUGGCCCAGAACCAGUAUCAUGGUACCAGGCAUGGCCAGCACCGACUUCAUCCAUCCCACUAAAGCCCACAUCAGCUGUGCUCCCUGAAUUUCUGUGGCUGACUCCUGAGAACUGAAUAAUUCAAGCCUAUGUAAUGGGCUAAUGAAUUUACUGACAAGCCAACGUGGUCGCAGUACUUGCAGUAUAGAAAUACUGAGUCCCAGGCAGGCAGGCAGGCAGGCAGGCAGGCCUAACAUGAAGCUGUUGCCCCAGCCCUCCCUAGGGAACUUGGCCUGAUGGAGUAGAAAGCCCACGUCAGCCUCACUGGUUCUUCCUCCUGCUGAGGAGCAUGGUCAGGGGAAGAGGGCUGGUGGGACUUUUGAUGGGAAGUAGAACCCGAUAGAGCAGCAGACGUGGGUAGGAACACCCAACCCCUUCCCCACGUGCCCAAGUACCACGGUUCUUUAUGAGGUAAAUCAGGUUGAGGCACUGUAGCCCUGUCGCUGUUCUGUGUUGGGAAUUUUGGGGUGGCUGUGAGCCCCUGGGGAGGAGACCAGCUUCCUUCCUCCUAACUUGCUCACCUGUAGAAGGUUCCUGCCGAUGGCUUGCACAAGUCCCUCCCUGGAGAUAACCAACUACAACCCCUCUCAACCCUGGCAGACAUGACUGGAGAGGGGUUGGAAUGGCUGAGGGGCAGGUCUCUAGCCUGGAGUAGAAUUGAGUCCUGUGAAGCUCUUCAGCUGUGAGACCCCCCGCCCUCCUGUGUUCAGGCUCACCCCUCCCUCUCUGCCUCCUGCCUGGAGAGCUGCAUUGCACAAAGACACUUACUUUCCCUUGGCCCUGGCUCUGCUAUGUGUCAGGAAGUCUUGUCAGCAAUGGGCCUCAGUUUCCCAUCUGUAUGCUGGUGAGAGGAGGCUCUCAGAGUCUCUUCUGACUCAAAAGAAAUGACCCGAGGGGCAGGAAGCUCUCUCUGACCCUGCCCAGCCCUGCAUCACUCCCUCUCAGGCCUCUUCCUGGGAACUCCAGAGACGCCUCAUUGCUCCCUGCCUGUCAGCAGUGUGACAGACGAGGGGCCAGGAGAAGAUUCCACAAAGGCACAGAUCUGAGGGAGCCACAGCUGAGGUUUGUAGGGGGCAGUAGCCUUGUUACACACUCUAGCCCCAAGCCCCUGGAGAUUAUUGCUGUACUUGUGUGGGGAGCCUUCUCUGAGAGACUAGGGACUCUGGAUAAGGAGAGGGCAUGUGGGCCUUUGACUCGGGAUGGAAGUAAUGGCUUUGUCAGGCACAGAGGCCUAGCUUGCCCCUCUGUCACCGUUGAGCAGAGGCAGAGGUAGGCCAGGGCUGACCAGCUCAGGCAUUAUCUGUGCCCAGGUCCAGGGCAGUACCUCAUGAUUUUGGAACCGUGAAAGGCAGCCUGUUUUCUGGUGGAGCUAGGUUUAAACCCUGGGAGACCUAGCAGGUGUUCCUGCAAGGUACAGGAGUUUGCCACGCCCCUAGGCACUAGGCUCCUGACACACAGGAGCCCUCAGCUCUCCAUAAUUCUGUGACCAUCAGUCAUGUAGGGCAAUGCCCCAAGCGCCUCCACAGGUAGAGGAUGUGACUACAGAUCACAGAGUCUCAAGACAGAUCUCCAUUUUAAUGAGGUACCUAAAGGGCUGAAGGGCUUAGCCAAUUAAACUCUCCUUCCCAGACACUCCUCCCUGCAAAAGGUAUUUAACCUCAGGCCUGCCCUGAGAAAGUGGGGUAUGAUUUCACUCAUCACAACUCUCGGCCAUGACAAUAAACGCUUU